UGAGAGCAACAAGUCAACACUUUUACACUUCUAUAUAAACAGGGUGAGCCAGCACUGCCUUUUACUCAUUUUUUUCACAGUCACUUCUGGAGAGGAAUACAAUCCAAGAAAGCAUGAAUAAGCUGCUGGUCAUUACUGUGCUUGUUGCAGUUUUUGCACUCAGCGCUGAAAGCUUCCGUGUGCCGAGGCAGGCUGAUGAGGAGGAGCAGGGGACCAUAUCAAAAAUCACAGACACUGUCAAGUCCUACUAUGCAGGUGCAGUCAACACUGCCAGUGAAUACCUGGAACACAUCAAAGGCCUGAAGCUGGAGGAGAAGGCAAAGAAUCUUUACACUGAAACUUCCAAUAUUAUGAGCACCUACUUUGGCAUCGCACAGGACCAGCUUUACCACAUUUUUCACCACUAGAAGUGAAAAAAGUUAUCCAAUGACCCCAGCAACCUUUUCUGACAACGUAAGAACUUUCAAGCCCCACCAGAGAGGCCCAGACAUCAUUUUACAUUCUGAACAUGGCAAUAUCUCUCCAUAUACACAAGUCUCAAACCCUCAAACAGCAUUUUCAAAAUGAAUGGACAAGGUGCUUUUUGGAGCACUUUCUCAAUCCACUGCACUGGUGGUAAAUAAUGAUAACCACCCAGUGGGGACUUUAGUCUUUUGAAAAACAACUAAGAGCUUGCAAAGAGGAAAUGGACACAAGACUCUGGCAAGCAGAAGAAAAAGGAGCAUAUUGUCAUGAAAAUAAUGCAAAUGAUUUUAAGAUUUGCUACCACCUACUGAUCUGUUUGUUUCCUCACAGCGCCAUGGCAUGUCUGAAUAAAUCUGAAUAUUUGUUGUAUCUUGAAAUAAAAUAUUUAUAAUAAAAACAUAAA